AUUGGCUCGCAAGCCUAACGUGCUGUUCCGUGACUGGUUACAGCUCUUGUCGCUCGAAAGAACCCAUUGCUGGGGCUGGCCGGCGUGUGCCUUGGAGCCUCUAAGGAGAUGAAACGGCACUCAACCAGGAUGAGAGGCUGCCCGGCCAAUGCAGCUGCCGCCCCGUCUGCUGCGGAGGCUUUGCUUUUUGACUCCCUGGCGACACUAAAGUUGAAGAGCUUCCGGCCGGAGGCCAUUAGAUGGGACACCCGGAAGGCGGAAGUUCUAGGGCGGAAGUGGCCGAGAGGAGAGGAGAAUGGCGGCGGAAGGCUGGAUUUGGUGUUGGGGCUGGGGCCGGCGGUGCCUGGGAAGGCCUGGGCUUCUCGGCCCCGGCCCUGGCCCCACUACACCUCUCUUUCUUCUUUUGUUGUUGGGGUCUGUGACUGCGGAUAUAACUGACGGCAACAGUGAACAUCUCAAGCGGGAGCAUUCGCUCAUUAAGCCCUACCAAGGGGUCGGUUCCAGCUCUAUGCCCCUCUGGGACUUCCAGGGCAGCACUAUGCUCACGAGCCAGUACGUACGUCUGACCCCUGACGAGCGCAGCAAAGAGGGCUCUAUCUGGAACCACCAGCCCUGCUUCCUCAAAGACUGGGAAAUGCACGUCCACUUCAAAGUCCACGGCACAGGGAAGAAGAACCUCCAUGGAGACGGCAUCGCCUUGUGGUACACCCGGGACCGCCUCGUGCCAGGGCCUGUGUUUGGAAGCAAAGAUAACUUCCACGGCUUAGCCAUCUUCCUGGACACCUACCCCAAUGAUGAGACCACUGAGCGCGUGUUCCCGUACAUCUCGGUGAUGGUGAACAAUGGCUCCCUGUCCUACGACCACAGCAAGGAUGGGCGCUGGACCGAGCUGGCGGGCUGCACGGCUGACUUCCGCAACCGCGAUCACGACACCUUCCUGGCUGUGCGCUACUCCCGGGGCCGUCUGACGGUGAUGACCGACCUGGAGGACAAGAACGAGUGGAAGAACUGCAUUGACAUCACAGGAGUGCGCCUGCCCACCGGCUACUACUUCGGGGCCUCCGCCGGCACCGGCGACCUGUCUGACAAUCAUGACAUCAUCUCCAUGAAGCUGUUCCAGCUGAUGGUGGAGCACACGCCUGACGAGGAGAGCAUCGACUGGACCAAGAUCGAGCCCAGCGUCAACUUCCUCAAGUCGCCCAAAGGCAACUUCAGAGCCACCUAAGGAGUUUCACGGGCCACAUGGGCAGUGAGUGCCCUAUGAACAGCGCUCUAUUGACCAACAAGAGCCGCCUGGUUUAUGGAUGGAAGUUUCAAGGUGACAGGACAGCUUCCUAUCUGGAAGACCAUCAAAGAAGGUAAAAACAAAUCAACUCAGCAGGUUGAAUUGACUGGUGUUUGUGCUACAUCUCACGGGCAGUGGCCAACCUGCCCGCACAGUCAGCAGAAGGGCAAUGGAAAACUGGCCUAUUAGUGGGAUGCCUGUAUAGGGCAUGGGCCUGUGGACAUCAUUAUGGGAGUCGGAGGGGUACAUUAAAGUAGGACGUUUGAUGCUCAUCAGAAGAACCCCAUUCCAGGAUCAGGGGGUGAUUGGAUUCAGUCAGUGGAUAUUCCGGUGUGCUCACUUAAGGAGGCCUCAUGAUAUGAGGGACAUACGGGGUUGCCACAGUGCAGGGAUGGACUGAGUCUAGACAUGUUCCCCUUGCACCCUCUGAGGCACAAAACACCAGUAACUGUUCUGUCUGUCAACGAGAGGCUUGAUAGGCAAGUCAGACUGAAGCCUGUAGCCCCAGGAAGUGUAAGUCGUGGCAGGAACAGUCACUCUGCACACUGGGCUCAGCUUCCCUGUGGUAGAUGCAAAUGCUCACAGCACAGUAAAAGGACUGGAACUCAGCUGGGCGCAGUGGCUCACGCCUGUAAUCCCAGCAUUUUAGGAGGCCGAGGUGGGCAGAUCACCUGAGGUCAGGAGUUCGAGACCAGCCUGGCCAACAUGGUGAAACCCUGUCUCUACUAAAAAUAUAAAAAUUAGCUGGGCAUGGUGGCAGGUGCCUGUAAUCUCAGCUACUUGGGAGGCUGAGGCAAGGGAAUCGCUUGAACCCAGGAGGUGGAGGUUGCAGCGAGCCGAGAUUGCACCAUCCAUUGCCCUCCAGCCUGGGGGACAAGAGCGAGACUUCAUCUCAAAAAAAAAAAAAAAAAAAGGUACCAAUUUGGACUCUGCCUGGUCACAUUUCUUCAGACCAAGGAACACAUUUUACAGCACAUAGGGUCCAACAGUGGCGGAGGCAUCCUCCCCAGAGUGAUGGUUUGAUGAAGAAUUGGAAUAGGCAAGUGAAACAUUUGUUGACUAAAAUAGGAAAAGCCAGGCAAGGUGGCUCAUGCCUGUAAUCCUAGCACUUUGGGAGGCCGAGGCAGACGGAUUGCUUGAGCUCAAGAGUUUGAGACCAGCCUGGGCAACAAUGGCAAAAUCCUGUCUCUACAAAAAAUACAAAAAAUUAGCUGGGCGUGGUGUUGCACACCUGUAAUCCUAGCUAGUCAGGAGGCUGAGGCAGGAGGAUCACCUGAGCCUGGGAGGUCAAGGCUGUAGUGAGCUGUGUUCAUACCACUGCACUCCAGCCUGGGCAACAAAGUAAGACCCUUCAUAUAUUACCAAGUUGGGCAACAUACAUGAAAUUGGGGUAAGAGUAGGGAAGUAGGGGUAGAAUAAGACAGGAAAAAUAUUUGAAGAGAUAAGAACUGAAAACUUUUCCAGAAGCUCAAGACACCCCAGGCAAGGCAAACACCAAGAAAACCACACCCAGGCGUGUCACAGCCAACAGUUGAAAACCAAAGGUGAAGAGAAAAUAUUAAAA